AUGUCGAAGUACAGUGGCCUUCCUGAUAUUGAUACCGACACGGAUGUAUAUGAAACGAAUCCUGUGCCACGUCCUCAGGUGGUGACUUUGUCUACAGAGGAUCUAUCUGAAGACGAGUGCAUUGAGACAGAGCUAGCUGCAUUGGAUACAGGCAGUGUGAAUGUGACCCAGGCCACGGAGGCGUUCAAGGCGUCGGUAGCGUCCGAUCAUACAUCGUCUCUACCUUCGUAUCUGGACAAAGACAAGGUCGGUCUACCCUCCGUCCUGCCAGAGUCUACGUCGCCCUUGUCGCGAUUGUAUUAUUUGCAGGAGGAGGCCCGUCAGUUGGAAGAGGAGUUGGCCAGUAAGGACGAAAAGGCCCAUACACCGACCCCAUCGUCUCUGACUGCCUACCUUCAUCGCUUACAAUCGCGAUUUGAUCGUAUGCAGAUUCAAGCAGAGGCAUCAGAAGCCAAUGUAUCCCUCUCAUCCAUGAUUGCAGCACUGGGGCAAGGCUCGUCGACGUCCGCCGCUGCGCCAGGCACAUCUACACAGGACGCUUCUAAAAUUGUACCGGACAUAGAGGCACGCAUCCAUGCCCUGGAGCAGCGAUUGGGUACGAAUGUACUGGAGCCAGGUACCUCGCUGGCUUCGACAGUGGCGCGCUUGGAGUCUCAUAUGGCCUUGCUGACCCAACCGCGACACUUGGAUGCCAUUAUCGCCCGUGCCAAAAUGGUUACCUCGGAGUUGGAGCGUGCACAGGAACGUCGCGAGCAGUUUUCCUCGGCGCUGGACGAUGAGACACUGGCGCAAGUGGAGCAAUUGUAUGCGUUACAGCUGCGCAUCGAGCCGCUCGAGCCGUUGGCGCCUGCGUUGCUUGCGCGCUUGCAGUCGCUGGCGCCCUUGCACGCCUCUGCCUCCGAGUUUGCUUCCACGCUGGACCAUGUGGAAAAGCAGCAAGAAGUUUGGCAAGCUCGGUACACCGAACUGCAAGCCUUGCUGCACAAUGUACAAGAGAGUCUACAGAGCAAUAUGGAAGUGACGCGCCGAAAUUUAGAGGCAUUGCAGUUACGAUUGGACACGAUAUCUACGACUAAAACUUCUCCGCCAUGA